AUGUCUCAUCUCGAAGAAAUCUCAGAAGAAGGAAUUCAAGCAAUGUCAAAAUCUGGAUCAGUGGCUGUUCUCCUCCCAUCGACUGCUUUCAUCCUCCGUUUGACUCCUCCACCAGCUCGAAAACUGAUUGAAAACAAAGUGAUUGUUGCAUUGGGAUCAGAUUUCAAUCCGAAUGCUUACUGUCUUGCAAUGCCGAUGAUUAUGCAUUUUGCAUGUGUCACUAUGAAACUCUCAAUGCCAGAAGCUCUGACAGCGGCCACUUUGAACUCCGCCCAUUCAAUUGGAAGAGGAAAAACUCAUGGAGCUAUUGCUAGAGGAAGAAAUGCUGACUUCAUCCUUCUAUCGGCCAACUCUUGGGAGCACAUCAUCUACCGUAUUGCUGCUCACAAUGACGUCAUACGCCACGUCAUCAAGAAUGGAAAUAUUAUCGAUGUUUGA